AUGGUCAAAUGGGUCGCCACUGUAAUGAGCCUGUUCUGGGUGCUGUUUCUCUGCCAUGCCCUAGCAUUCCCCUUCGAGCCGUUUCCCAGCGAGGUUGAAGUUGUUCCCUCCGCAAAUGGAUCCGAUCACGCCCCGAGGCAUCUGGCCAAAAGAGCAUCACGAUACCCUCGAGUCAAGUACGGCUCUACUUGCAGUGUGACACAACAGGAGUAUUUAGAGACCGAGUUAGAUGAAAUUCAGACCAUGAUGACCCGUGUCACCGGCCAGCUUCAGAUAAUGCGAGCAGUUAUCAGGGAGAAAGAACAACCUGCAACCUGGGACACCCGAUUCAAGGAGAAUAGCCGGAUUUUAGGCUCUUGGGCCGCAAUGAUGGGGAGGAUCAGAUUUAACCAUGAAUUUGAACUCGAGGAUAAGACACCAAAUCUAGUACCAUGGCGAACAACCUCCCAGAAUAUGCAGUUCACGAUGAGCGUCUACAACCGUAUUCGUAAUGUCUUGCGGGACCGAACGCUGUCCGUUACCAUCCACUGUGAUGAUACAUUCUAUGUCUUCGAUAAGGACGCUAGCACCACAGACGCCCGUAUAUAUCGAGACACCAGAUCGACGGAAACCCCGCUUUUUACAAAGCUCACAAGAUCCGGAAGACUCUGCCACGAGGGUGGGGGCGGCAAUGGAUGGCAGAUGUGGAACAAGGUCACUCUAGAGGACGAGAUUUGCAUCUGCCCGAGAGUCUUCGACAGGGCAAAGUCAUCACAGACCCUGAGCAGCUUGGAAAAUACCAUGGAUAGCCUGAGAGGGCGAGACAUCGAUGACAUUAAGACAUUCACCGCUGCGGGCAGCUUGUUGCACGAGCUAUCCCAUUGCCAGAGUAUUCUGGGAGACGACGCGACAGAGGAUCUGUCGUCUCACCUAGGGCCGCCAUACCCCGAUAUUGUCAUCCCGGGGUAUCAACGAAAAGGUGUUUGGACACUUUCGAAGGCGGACCCCCGCCAGGCUCAUCGGAACGCAGACAGUCUCACGUUUUUCGCCCUUGCCUUGUAUUACUCCGCAUGUGAUUGGUCGAAGGGUAUAUGCGGGGCUGAGCUCCUACCGUUUGGGUUUUGGAGCAAGAAAAUGCAUCGCUAUAUGGAGAUGGAUUAUGAUACUUAA